AUGAGGUUUCUUCAAGUCUUCAAGAUCACUCUUUUCCUGUUUAUUGGAUUUACUUUAGUUCAUGGGGGCACUCCUAAGCAUUAUAUAGUAUACAUGGGAGAGCAUUCACAUCCCAAUUCAGAAUCUGUAGUCAGAGCAAACCAUGAAAUACUUGCUUCAGUCUCUGGAAGUUUCGACGAAGCAAAAGCAGCGGCAGUUCAUCACUACGCUAAAAGCUUCCGAGGUUUCUCAGCAAUGCUCACACCAGAGCAAGCUGAUGAACUUGCUGAACAUGAUUCAGUCGUGUCAGUGUUUGAGAGCAAAAUGAAUCGGCUCCAUACUACACGUUCAUGGCAUUUUCUUGGAUCAGACUCUGUAUACAAUGGCGAUUAUCUGCCCAUGGACCCCAGAUCCAAUGUCAUUGUUGGUGUUGUUGACUCAGGUAUAUGGCCAGAAUCGAAAAGCUUCAAUGAUGACGGAUUAGGUCCUGUGCCCGAAAAAUUCAAGGGAGAGUGUGUCAAUGGAGAAAACUUUACACAAGCCCAUUGUAACAAGAAAAUAAUUGGUGCUCGGUUCUAUUCAAAAGGUUUCACAACAGAUUUUGGUCCUCUGCAAUCUCAGAACCGAACUUUUUUUAUGUCAGCUCGAGACAGUGAUGGACAUGGAACCCACACUGCGUCCACAAUUGCAGGGUCCAUUGUCACUGACGCUAGCUUAUUUGGUAUGGCUAAGGGAACUGCUAGAGGAGGAGCUCCAGGAGCCAGACUUGCCAUUUACAAGGCUUGUUGGUUUGAUAUGUGCAGUGAUGCUGAUAUUCUUUCUGCCAUGGAUGAUGCUAUUCAUGAUGAUGUUGAUAUUUUAUCACUUUCCCUCGGACCAAAACCACCACAGCCAAUUUAUUUCGAAGAUGCAGUGUCCAUAGGAACAUUCCAUGCAUUUCGAAGGAAUAUUCUCAUUUCUGCUUCUGUAGGGAACUCGGUUUUUCCACGCACAGCAUGCAAUGUUGCUCCUUGGAUCCUCACUGUUGCUGCUGGCUCAAUAGACAGAGAAUUCCAUUCAAACAUCUUACUUGGCAACUCAAAAGUUUUAAAGGGUUUCUCUUUGAAUCCAAUUAAAAUGGAGCAGUCGUAUAGCUUGAUAGACGGGAAGAAUGCUGCAGCACCUGCUAUUCCAUCAAGAAAUGCAAGCUUCUGCCACCACAACACUCUAGAUCCUGCCCUAAUCGAGGGAAAAAUUGUGGUCUGUACAAUUGAGACUUUUGCUGAUGAUCGACGAGCAAAGGCUAUCACUAUAAAGCAAGGUGGGGGUGUUGGAAUGAUAUUAAUUGAUCACAAUGCUAAAGAUCUUGGCUUUCAGUUUGUCAUCCCAAGCACCAUUAUUGGUCAGGGAGCUGUAGAAGAGCUACAGGCAUACAUGAAGACAGACAGGAACCCAAGUGCUAGGAUCUUGUCGACAAUAACUGUUGCGGAUGUUAAACCUGCACCAGAAGUGGCGGCUUUUUCUUCUGUGGGACCAAAUAUAAUUACGCCAGAUAUUAUUAAGCCUGACAUCACAGGCCCCGGCUUGAAUAUUUUAGCAGCGUGGUCUCCACUAGCAACUGAAGAAACAGUCGAACACCGAUCCAUUGACUAUAACAUUAUCUCUGGAACAUCAAUGGCUUGUCCCCACAUUACUGCGGUUGCUGCACUUUUGAAGUCCUCUCAACCCUCAUGGGGUCCAGCAGCCAUAAUGUCAGCAAUAAUUACAUCUGCAACAACCAUGGAUAACAUUCAUGGCCUAAUUGGAAGAGAUCCAAACGGAACACAAGCCACACCAUUUGAUUAUGGAUCUGGCCAUAUUAACCCAGUUGCAGCACUAAAAACCAGACUAGUAUAUGAUUUUGAUUCCCAUGAUGUUCUCAAUUUUCUGUGCAGUGCUGGUGCAAGUCCAGCUCAACUUAAGAACCUCACUGGGGAACUACUUGUGUGUCAGAGAUCUCCUCCUGCGUCCUACAACUUCAAUUACCCUUCAAUUGGGGUAUCCAACUUGAAUGGAAGUUUGUCGGUUUAUAGGACGGUUACGUACUAUGGUAGGGAACCAACAGCAUAUGCAGCGAGUGUUGAGGAUCCAGCAGGUGUGAAAGUCAAGGUUACACCUGCAGAAAUUAAGUUUAGGAAAACAGGUGAGAAAGUAACUUUCAGGAUAGAUUUCACUCCAUACCAAAGUAGCAAUGGGAAUAUUGUGUUUGGGGCCUUGAUAUGGAACAAUGGGAUGCAUAGCGUUAGAAGUCCUAUUGCUCUCAAAGUGUUGGCUAUUUAG